CGGUGCGAUUUUUACCGCACAGCUUGAACACGCGCCAUGUUUAGAGGAAACAAAAGGUGUAAAUCACAUUGCUCGGUUGCUGGAUAAAUAACAUAGCUAUCUUUUUAUUUUUUUAUAAUAAGAAACGAGUAUGAGAAGGGCAUUUUGGGAAGGCUGAUUGGACUUGCUGGAGGUUGUUUCAAUGGCUCUUCCAACUGCUAACCAGGUGGCGUUGGGUCGGGAGACUCCCAAACACUAUGGGAUCACUUCUCCUAUCAGCCUGGUCCAAGCUAAGGAGGCUGACCUUGUCCUCACACACAGGCUGACUGAGGCCCUGAAACCGUACGGGGUGUUUGAAGAGGAGCUGGAACUACAACGCAGAAUACACGUGUUGGGAAAACUGAACACACUGGUGAAGGAAUGGAUCCGCGACGUCAGUGAGACAAAGAAUCUGCCUGCCUCGGUGAUUGAGUCUGUUGGAGGGAAGAUAUUCACAUUUGGGUCGUACAGGUUAGGAGUUCACACUAAAGGGGCAGACAUUGACGCCCUGUUUGUGGCUCCUCGACAUGUGGAGAGAACGGACUUCUUCUCCUCGUUCCUGGACAAGCUGAAGGAGCAGGAGGAAGUCAAGGAUUUGAGGGCUGUUGAGGAGGCAUUUGUCCCGGUGAUAAAGCUGUCUUUCGACAGCAUUGAGAUCGACAUCCUGUUUGCACGGUUAGCUUUGCAAACAAUCCCAAAGAAUCUGGACCUUCGAGAUGACGGGCUGCUGAAGAACCUUGACAUCCGCUGCAUUAGGAGUCUCAAUGGUUGCAGAGUUACAGAUGAGAUCCUCCAUCUUGUACCCAACAUUGAGAACUUCAGACUGACUCUGAGGACCAUCAAGCUGUGGGCUAAACGUCAUAACAUCUACAGUAACAUCCUGGGCUUCCUGGGUGGAGUCUCCUGGGCCAUGCUGGUAGCCAGGACCUGCCAGCUCUACCCCAACGCUGUGGCCUCCACCCUCGUACACAAGUUUUUCCUCGUCUUCUCUAAGUGGGAAUGGCCCAACCCUGUUCUCCUGAAGCAGCCAGAGGACUGCAACCUGAACCUGCCAGUCUGGGACCCCAGGGUGACCCCCAGUGACCGGUACCACCUGAUGCCCAUCAUCACACCAGCCUACCCCCAGCAGAACUCCACCUACAACGUCUCCGUCUCCACACGGGCUGUCAUGGUGGACGAGUUCAAACAGGGUCUGUCCAUCACAGAUGAAAUUUUGCAGAAUAAAGCAGAGUGGUCCAAACUAUUUGAAGCACCAAACUUCUUUCAGAAAUACAAGCAUUAUAUUGUGUUGCUAGCAAGCGCCCCCACCGAGAAGCAGCACCUGGAAUGGGUUGGUCUAGUUGAGUCUAAGAUCAGGAUCCUUGUGGGAAACCUGGAGAAGAAUGAGUUCAUAACGUUGGCCCAUGUCAACCCCCAGUCAUUCCCUGGACCCAAGGAAAGCAGGGAGAAAGAGGAGGUCAGCACCAUGUGGGUGAUAGGGGUUAUCUUUAAGAAGAUGGAGACAUCAGAGAACCUCAACGUUGACCUGACCAUUGACAUCCAGUCCUUUACUGACACGGUGUAUCGCCAGGCGAUCAGCAGUAAGAUGUUUGAGGCAGACAUGAAGAUCCAGGCCAUGCAUGUGAAGAAGAGACAACUGCAUCAGCUACUGCCCAGCCUGGUCAUGCCCAAACGCAGGAAGCACUCUACAGAGGGGCUUCGUCAGAUGAAUGACAGUAGUCUGGACCUAUCGCUGGACAGUGACAACAGCAUGUCAGUGCCCUCCCCCACAGCCUUGUCAGCCGCAGUGCCCACGUCGACCCCAGUGAAGAGUGGCCCGCUAGGUCCCCCUCCCAGUCCCAUCGCGGCAGCAGCCAGCCAACCAGAGAUCCAAGCUUCCACUAUGAGUCCGCCAGCUGUGAAGAGACCUGGUUCCCCAAUGCAAGAAGAGAGGAAGAGGUUAAAAUCAGACUCUGAGGAGUCAGCCACUGAGAGACAGACCUCAGGAGACCCCGUCCCCAGCAGCCAGACCACCUCUCCUCCCCCCACCAUGGGUCCCCCUGCGGCCCCCCAAACCCCGUCCCCUCCCGCUACCAUGUGUCCCCCAGUGGCCCACAAGACCCCUAACCAGGAGGUGCUGGAGGAGAAGAGCCCUAAGGAGCACCAGAUGGAGGACCCCUCCAUAGUCCCAGAGGCAAAGACAGAGGAUAGUGGUGCAGCUAGCGUUGGAGAGGGAGAGGGGGGCACCUCUGUGGAGGCAGAGGUCAAUGAGGACAGUAUAUCUGAGGAGAUGGCGGCUUCUGAAGGGGAAGUGAAGAUGGAGGCAAACAUUACGAGAAUGGUGAGUACGGAUCUGUCUGACGUGCCUCUCUUGCCAGCCAACCCCAUUCCAGUGGUGAAGAACUCUAUCAAGCUUCGUCUCAGCAGGUAGGAGAGGCCAGACAGACGCACCAAUCCAGCCUCCCCGACCCCUGACCGCUACGGUGGAUGUUCUAAGACCUACUUGUCCUCUGUCCUUUGCCACGGAAUGCCCACAGUGCUGCAGACAGACACAUAGACAGACAGGGCGGACGCACAGGCGACUAGACAGACAGCGCUCUCUCGACUAGGGACAUUGUCAGUUGACAUGCAGGGUGUAGUUGCAACUAUCUUCAGAAGAGGGCGAUGUUGCCCUUCUACUGGAUUCUCCCAGGCAGCUUCCAACCUCUACCUUACUGGUUAAAUUUAAAGUUGUCCCAUAGGCACAGAUCUGGGAUCAGCUUUACCUUCCCCUGUGUCUUCACCUUAACCAUUUAGGCAUCUUCAUCCUACUUCUUCCAGAGCUGCUGGAAGGAGUAGAAUGUUGCACCAAGAUGUCACUAUGUCACGGUGACUCUGCAGACAGACAGACGUGCUCACGUACGCCAGUUCCAACCUGUUAUUUCCGGUCUUCUAUAACGGAUUAGAGAUGACUACAGGUUAUGACACAUUGUUCCCUAUAGCAGGGUUAAUAAACUCUGACCCCUACGAGGAGCCUGCUGCUUUUCUAUUCUACCUGGUAACUAAUUGCACACGUCUUGGUGUCCCAGGUCUAAAUCAAUCCCCUUUUUCAGACUGGACCGAUGAAAAGUGGAACUGGCUUGGAGGCCCUAUAUAGUCCACUACUUAUAACCCUGGUCAUUAUAUAAAGGGAAUCGGCUGCCGUUUUGUAUCAGUCUAUAAUCCACGGACAGGUAGUCGCUGUCUGUCAGGUAACUGUUGGGAUAUGAGGUGGCCUUCAGGGUAUACAGGUAGUGAAAUGAGGGGGCGCAUCAUAAAGAUGUCCACGCUGUCAUCGCCUGCAGCUACACACUUGGAACUACAUCAGGUUUGUGUACAUGUACAACACAAUAACUUUGACCAAAAAAAAUAACCUGAAUAUCUCAGAAUGUCUCUGUGAACAGGAUGGCAUAGUUUCUCUUGUCUAGGAUGCAUGUUUAUAAUCUAGAAAUGACAAAAAAAAGGAGUUAAGAGUUUAGUCAUCUUUCUACAUUCACGCUAACGUUCAGAUUAUCUGUGAUUUAUGUCCGAGGACUGCUACAGUAAGAAAAGGCAGUAGCAGAGUGCUGUAGGCCGAGUGUAGAGUAGAGAGGUGGUCUGGUGUCUGACUGAAGCCUUCAGAUAUACAUUGUAUAGAAUCUAAAUGAUUAGAAUGGGCAUAGAAUCUACAUUUGUUCUAUGUAUACAUGCAUUGUACAGUAACCAUUAGUGUCUGUCUUGUACAAUAACAUUAAAAUGAUGAAAAAACAAUGCUUUUCUUUUGCUUAGAAUAUAAAGGACUUGAUCUUUCGACCUUGGUGAAUUUUGUUUAUUUUUUUUUUGCAUAAAAUGGUGCGAUUUGAAUCAAGAUAAUUAUUCUAACAUUGCAUAGAGGGUUUAGUUCGUAAAAAACAAUUGUCUUUGUUGGUUAUUCAUUUUGGAUUUUCUUGUUCACGUCGUAAUGGAUGUGGACUUUGUGGGAAUAGUCAACGGGUUUAAAAUGUGUUAGUAGGAUUAGCAAACAAAGUAACAGAUUUUUUUUUUUCAUUUUUUAAGUUUAAAAACAGUGUCCUGACUUUUAACAUUUUAACUUUCUCAAUAUUUUCUAGAUGUGUUAACAAAACGAUACUUUUGUUUGGAUUUGUUUGUGCUAACCGUGUGGACUUGUAUGGUGAUGAUGAAUCUGAAGACCACUGUCAGCCUACAGUGUGUUAAUCAACAUGUACAGAUGUUUCUCUUCAAUGACUACCAUUUAAAUGUCGUGUCCCCUGUUCUUACAAUGCUUCUUUUUUCAGUUGAACGUUAUUUUUUUCUUAGGCGUAUUUGUAAGGAUGAGGUAUUGUACUUUUUUUCUUUUUUUUUUUUUACAAAUAAAGGUCUGCCUUGUUGAGAA